AUGUCGUCCCAGGCUGUACUCCUCAAGGAGUACAAGGCUUUGCAGAAAGAAAAAUGGGUACAGAUUGAUAUCGAUGAAGACAACAUGCUACAUUGGAACAUUGCCCUGAUGGUUGUCAACCCCGAUUCUCUCUACUAUGGUGGUUAUUUCAAGGCUCAGAUGAACUUCCCCAAAGAAUAUCCCUACAAGCCUCCGGAUUUCCGUUUCUCGAAACCACUCUGGCACCCGAACAUCUAUGCUGAUGGCCGCCUCUGCAUCUCGAUUCUUCAUGCGCCAGGUGAUGAUAUCAUGUCUGGUGAGACCGCCGGAGAACGUUGGUCGCCUGCCCAGAGAGUCGAGUCGGUCCUCAUUUCGAUCUUAUCACUUCUGGAUGACGCCGAGAUUUCCUCUCCGGCCAACGUCGACGCAAGCGUCAUGUUCAGAGACGACAAGGAGGCGUUUAAAGCCAAAGUGGCGCAGGACGUUGAGGCUUCGAAAAAGGACAUACCCGAGGGUUUCGUCAUGCCAACUCACGAGUCGACCAAGCCAGUGAUUGAGAAGGUGGACGAUGAUUUCUGGCAAGACAGCGACGCCGAAGACGUCGACUUUGAUGAUUUUGGAGAUUUCGAUGACGAUGCGGCCAACGGAAGUGAAUCGGAUCAAGAAUUGAACAAUGACUCUGAAGAUGAAGAGACCUACGAUGAGGACGAAGACGACACAGAGUACGCCAAGGGCAAACGUCGAGAAGAUCGAUUAGAUUCCGACAUGACCGAGCCGGAUGUUUGA